CCGACCUUCCGAUGGUUGGGCGGCAGAACAACACGAGACUCCGUGGUGGGUUCCCCUUUCGUCUUCCGUCCCUGAUUCCGCGCCGCCGGCGAUUGUUUGGCUUCCGCACGGCCGCGCCUAGGCUUUCUUUGCCACCUCGGGAACCCAGCUUCGCGAGCCGCACCUGCAGUCGGCGCUGGUCGAGAGCCAGUUCCUCGCCCCUGUCCUAGCCGCCACCGCCGCCAGAUCCGUCGUCAUCAAUCCCAAUUUCCACACACGUUCUGCGGCACCGUCGCGAUCUGCAGAGGGGAUGGGCAGCUGCAGAGGGGGCGGAGGGAAGCGCCUCCGGAUGUCGCCGUCUGACGGGGAGGGCAGCCCCAGGCGGCCGCGGAGGAGCAGCCGCCGCCGCACACCCUCGGCCUACUCGCUGUCGCCGUCGCCAUACCGGUCGCCCUCGCCGCUGCCGUCGCCGUCGACCUACCGCUCACCCUCGCCCUCGCCCUGCCGCUCCUGGUCGCAGAGGCUGCCCAGCGGAGUCGAGGAGGAUGCCGACGACCGCAGCCGCAGCCGCGGCUCGGACGAGAUCGAUGCUUGCGGCCGGCCUCUCUGGAGGCCGAACGGGUACAAAGGGGCAGGGGAGCAGGGCCACGGCGAUGUGUUCAGCGUCCACAUUGACGGCUUCGACUACGACCGCCUCUUCACCUGCAAGUGCUGCCGCCGCAUGCUCAGCUCGCCGGUUUUUCAGUGCCCCUUCGGCCACCUCACCUGCUCGAGGUGCGACGGCGAAUUCAGGGACAACCGGUGCGGCAGCUGCGGGGCCGCCGACGGUUACGGGCGCAACCGCGCCGUGGAGGAGUUCCUCGCCCGCAUUUGCUUCUCCUGCCGCAACAAGGAGCACGGCUGCACGGCCCUCCUCGUGCACCACGAGAUGCCUGCGCACGAGGAAUCCUGCCUCUACGAGCCCUGCUUCUGCCCCAUCCCUCGCUGCGGCUUCGCCGGCCGGUCCUACGCCCUCAAAGCGCACCUCAUCGGCCGCCACCACUGGCGCACGGUCAACUUCCGCUACGGCGAGAGCUUCCAUGCCCACGCCCGCGAGUCGACCAUCAUGCACAGCAAGGACGACGGCGAGCUCUUCUUCCUGGACAGCUUCCGCGAGGGCCGCGGCACUGCUCUGUCCAUGAUCUGCAUCCGCCCCGACAAUGCCGUCACACAGGAGUUCGCCUACGAGCUGAAGACACCAAUAGGGAACGGCAAGAGGCGUCACAAGCUGCAGAUGCAGUCGACGGCGCGGAACACAUCGCUGAGGAACGGGAUGGGGGACAAGGAGAAGGUGUUCCUGCUGGUCCCUAACGACAUGCCCUGCACUGAGGAUGGCUAUGUGGAGGUGUGCAUCCGUAAGGAUGCCGCCGGUGGAACUCCGUAGGAUAGCUGACCUAGAUCGAUGGUGAUACUAUUUAGGAUUACUGCCUGUAGAUUCCAGUUCAUUGUUGAAAGCCCAAGGUAUCCUGAAUUCCAUAUCCGUUAAUGCUUGGUCUUUUUCGUUGAUUUUCGAUAUGAUUGUGAUGGGAAAAUUGUAAGUAUUGCUGCGUUAAAUGUCAGCCAUAUGUAGAUAUAUUCAUAUGAUUGUCUGAGGAGGAAUAGAAAAUUUAAGAAAAGCUUUGGAGGUAAUGAGGUUACUAUUUUUAUCUGCCCUUGCACAUGUUGUUUAUCUCUGUCAGCACCUCUACUGAAGCUGCUACGGACAAGCUCGAGAUGGGCCUCGCCAACAGAUCGACUCGGCCCAAACGCAUUCCACGGUCCAACAGACGUCUCUGCGGCCCGGAGUGGACCAAGUGAGCGGAACACGUUUCCUCAACUCACAGAUACCAAAGGGAGACAGCGUCUUCUUCCAGGAUCAUCCUCAGGAUCACGAACCGAACGGCAGCGGCGAACUUUCCUUCUGUAAUAGGAUAGCUUCCAUUCCUGUGAGAAAAUCCUUGUAUCAGAUCUGUGUGACAUGCUAUAGAGAGUAAUCCCGAGACUA